GGAAAGGAGUUGUAUAUGUCCUUUGGAAGAACACUGCUCAAAAGAUGGACAACCUGCAGCUGUUCACAAUCAUCCAGAGAAGCCACCGCUGUUUUUCUCUGGGAGGACCGGCCUCGGCUCCCCGCCGGUCCGAGGCGGCGCUCCUGGGGAAAGCGACGCUCCUGCCGCGCCCCUGCCCGUCCCCCGCGGCGGCCGGAGCGGCAGGAGAGCAGGAGCAGCAUGGUGGUGUCGCCGCUGCUGCGCGCCGUCAUCAUGGGGCCGCCGGGCUCCGGGAAAGGCACCGUCUCCGCUCGGAUUAUCAAACACUUCGGCGUGAAGCACCUCUCCAGCGGUGACCUGCUGAGGGACAACAUGCAAAAGAAGACAGUUGCCUUAUCUGAAGAACAGCCUCUGUACUACUGCACAUUCCAUGCAUUGAGUGACAGGACUGGCAUUUUUCACUGCUUUCUGCUGAAAGUGGUUAAAUGUUGUGUUAAAGUUGGAAUCCUUGCCAAGUCCUACAUUGAUCAAGGGCGGCUUAUUCCAGAUGACAUCAUGACACAACUAAUGCUGACUGAGCUUAAAGGUCUAGAUCAGUACAACUGGCUGUUGGAUGGUUUCCCCAGAACAGUUGCUCAGGCGGAAGCCCUGGAUAAAGAAUGUCACGUAGACACUGUGAUUGACCUAGAUGUGCCAUUUGAGACCAUAAAGUGUCGGCUCACAGCACGUUGGAUCCACCCUGCCAGUGGCAGAGUCUACAAUCUUGAAUUCAGUCCUCCCAAAGUGCAGGGCAUCGAUGAUAUUACUGGUGAGCCACUUGUUCAGCGUGAUGAUGACAAGCCAGAGACGGUUAGUAGGAGGCUGCAGGCUUAUGAUGCACAAACAAAACCUGUUUUAGAAUAUUAUCGGGAAAAAGGGUUAUUGAAAUCCUUUUCUGGAACAGAAACCAAUAAGAUCUGGCCGCAUAUCUAUGCUUUCCUUCAAACCAAGUUGCCAGAUGUGAGCCAGAAAAACGCUGCCACUCCCAGGUGAAAAUAUGUCAGACUUCUGCUCAUCUGUCAUAGCUCACUCUUGAUUACAUGAGACUCAGCCAUCAAGGAUUUUUCCACGUAGUCUACCAGACUGGUCAAUAAUUAAAGUCCAAUGCUGUCCUUAACUUAUAUGAUGAUAGAAUUGUGAUGCCUGUGGUUCUCACUUUAAUGCUAUAAAUUUUUAUAUUAAAUAUACCUAAUUUUUAAAAUAUAGUAACUGACUUUAACAAAAGC